ACGUUUCUUUGUAGCGCUAUUAUCACUGCCCAGACCAAACAUGGCAUUUAAAGCUUCGCCUCCUUCAGUAUUAAAGAUGGCCGUCCUGGUAACGUCACUCGAAACUCCGGAGAUCGUCCCCUGAGAAGUGAAGUACGGCUGCGCGAUUCUGAAAAACGGAACGGGCAAAAUCGAGCUGUAGAUGCCGGCGGAGUUCGGUUAGCGAUGGCUGGAGUUAAUCAUGGUUUGGUCCCACCGACAAACCAGCAAGUACUGGACAGAGAGGUCAUUUUGGAACUGGAGGUGACAUCCAGAAUGUAAAUCAACAUGGGUUUGAAGCUUUUAGCUUGCCUGUUCAACUUCCCCGUUGGAGUAGUUUAUGGAUCCUUGUCUCUCUUUAUUUCAAUUUUGCAUAAUGUGUUUCUCCUCUACUAUGUGGACACCUUUGUUUCUAUAUAUAAAAUUGAUAAACUUUCCUUUUGGAUUGGGGAGACUGUUUUUCUGAUCUGGAACAGCCUCAAUGAUCCUCUGUUUGGCUGGCUGAGUGACAGAGCUUUUCUUAGCACCCAGCAGUCUGGAAUAGCAAUCUCCACUCCAGAAGUUGUUUCAAAGAGACUCAAAGCUCUAAGAUGCCAUGGUCCAUUAUUUGCUGUGUCAUUUCUGACUUUUUGGAUUGCCUGGGCCAACCCAGGCUUACAAUUCCUUAUCUGUCUCUGCCUCUAUGACAGCUUCCUUACUGUGGUGGAUCUAAACCAGAAUGCUUUGCUUGCUGAUCUCGCCGUGUCUGCAAAGGAUAGGACUGACCUCAACUUCUACUCUUCACUCUUUAGUGCCAUUGGCUCCCUCUCAGUUUUUAUGUCCUAUGCUGUGUGGAACAAAGAGGACUUCUUCUCCUUCAGGGUGUUCUGUGUGGCUCUAGCUUUCUGCUCAGCACUUGGGUUUACCUUGGCGACAUGGCUACUGAGGCAGUGGCUUCAGACAGAUGGACACGUGAAAUGGGAUGAAAACGAAGCAUUAAAAGAAUUAUACAUUGAUCAUCCUUCUAGAAAUCAAGAUAAAAGAAUCACACUGGCUGAGUACCUCAAACAACUUUCCAGACAUCACAAUUUUCUAUGGUUUGUCUCCAUGAAUUUAAUGCAGGUUUUUCAUUGCCACUUUAACAGCAAUUUCUUCCCUCUGUUCCUGGAACAUUUGCUGUCUGAUCGCAUUUCCCUUUCAAUGGGAUCAUUUCUUCUAGGUGUUUCCUACGUGGCUCCUCAUCUCAACAACCUCUAUUUCCUCUCUCUCUGCCGGAGGUGGGGCAUAUAUGCUGUGGUGCGAGGGCUUUUCUUCCUGAAACUGUUGCUCAGUGUAAUAAUGCUCUUUGCUGGACCAGAUUGGAUCUACCUGCUCUGUUUCUUCAUAGCCAGUAACCGUGUAUUUACUGAAGGGACUUGCAAAUUGCUGAACCUGGUAGUGUCUGACUUGGUGGAUGAAGACUUGGUACUAAAUCGGAGGCAGCAGGCUGCCUCAGCCCUCUUAUUUGGCAUGGUGGCCUUGGUAACCAAACCAGGCCAAACCUUUGCCCCCUUGAUUGGCACCUGGCUGCUUUCUGCUUACACUGGUUAUGACAUUUUUCAACGGGAUCCCUUGAGCAGUAUAGUGAGUGCCCAGCCAAGGUUGGCUUCCAGUGUAGCCUGGAAACCCACUCUACGCCAGGGCUGCUUCUACCUCCUUGUCUUUGUCCCUAUGACUUGUGCUUUACUACAGCUUCUCACCUGGUCACAAUUCAGCUUGCACGGCAGACGCCUUCAGAAAGUGAAAUCUCAACGUCAAGCUUUUACAGAGAGUCACUCUCGAGAAAUCAAGACUAUUUAAUUGAGAGUGAAGAUAACAGCGAGCGGCAUCUUCCCACUGUUGAUGACUGCAUGACCCAUUUAAAAAGGAAAAAGUGGGAGUAAACAGGAGUUCGUUACAUCUUCUUCAGAUCAGCAUUGGCUAGUGGAAAAUAAAUGGAAGCUUUUGAACUAUCUUGAAUUUUUUUGUGAGGCUGUCCAGGGUCCAGUCAGUCUUGUAGAAUUCAUAAAGUUUUCAAAGUUUGUAUCUUCUGUAUCCAAGACUGUCCAGAAAAAGUGAUUGCCUUGUAUUUUAAAAAAUAUUUUAUCAAUUACUUGCUGUUCAUAUUGAUACUAAUUCAUUUCCAGGCUAGGGAGCUAAGCAAUCAGAUUACCCAUAGUCAUAUUAAUGAAGAAGAAUUAGAGUUGAGUAAAUUGGCAACCUUCUGGUCUUUGUAUCACAAACUCCAUAUACUGUUUACAGACAUCUUUGCCACAGGUGAUAGAUAGGUUUUAAGUAUUCCAUUAGCUCUGUUCUUUUUUGCAUUGGAUUGGUAGUCAAACUUGAUUUAGCCAAAUACAGUUAAAAUAAUUGUAACUUAAUGAUUUCUCACGGUGGGCAAGAGCACUUAGAUUCUGUAAAAUAGCUUCUCUGAUAUUGAAACUGGUCAUGUAUUGCCUUUUCAAGAGAAUGAAUAUACUUCAUUCCCACUCAUAGUUCAAGAUAGAAAUUUGUUUUUAAAAGUAGAGUACUAAAAGCAGAUGUAGCAGUCAGAAAUUAAAAACAUGCAUUUUCAAUCUUUAGUCCUAAUGGUUAUGCUGAAAAUCCACUUUCUCUUGUUCUGCCAAAGGUGGAAUAAGGGCUGGUGGUCUGUGCAUUUCUACUGAACCAGUGCCGAAUGUUGGUUUGUUCACGGAUGACUGACAAUUCUGCUUUUCUGAGACUGCCCCUUUCUAAAAAAGCUGCCACUAGCUGAGCAGAACUGGUCAUGAAAUCAUUUUUUUUGCAGAAAUACUGAUCACAGGAAAUGGCCUAAAAUUGCCUAUAUAUCAUAAAUGUCCUUGAUUUCCCCAAAUGUUUUGGGCUACAUUUCCUGUCAGGACCAAAUCAUAUCCUCCUUUGUGCGUGCCAAGUAUCAGUUUGUUUAGACAGUAGCCUUAGCUGCUGCAACUGCCAUUUUGCCUUCAAAGACCAGGAUGAUGAAAUGUUUACAGCUUUUGUCUUGUUGGAUGGAUUCAGUAUAAUUUAUUGCUCUCAGUUUGUAUACUGAUUACCUUGAUUUUCAUUUCAUUAAACAUCCUUUUAAAAAUCU